CAUUACUGUCUCUUUAAAACGUUACCAUGGUGAAGCUUUGCGCUUGUUGUUAAUGCGUCAUCAGUCUGCGUGUAACCGAAAAAUAGAGCUGAUAUCGCUUUUUAUCUGCACAAUUAUCAAAUAACUGACUGGUUCAUUAAAGCAGCAGCAUGUGUGAAGGACCGUCGACGAUCUCUGGACCCAUUCCUCCGGACCCUACGCUUUUUCCUGAUUAUUACAAACGCCCCUCCUCUGCUCGAGGUCGGCUGGAGGGCAACGAUCGGAGCGGCUCGUCUCCUUUUCUGAAGGGCCCGUUGGCCCCGGACCCCACGCUCCACCCCGGCUGCUACAGCGCCCGCGCCACCCCUCGACCCCGCAUCGGUGCCAGCGCUGUUCACAUCCUAGAGAGAGGGCAGAGGGGGGUUGUGGGAAACCUACUAAGACUGGAGGGAGUGGCGCUGAACCCCAGUCCAGCCAAACCUACUAAGCCUGUCAUACGGGACUUCGGUAAAGAAAAUGUGCGCAAGCUGCGUGAAGUGCAGAAGCGGUUUCGAGAGCUGGAGGCGCAGAGGGAACAUGCCAAACCGAUGCCGGUCAAAGCACUCUGGAUCUCUCCAAAAUACCAGGACGUCCCGUCCAGGGUCAUGGCCCAGUUACAGGAGACGAGCCCCUCGAAGAAAGCCGAGUUUCAGCAGUUCCUGAAGGCUCAUUCUCAGUGUGGCGCUGGAGGUCGGCCUUCACGUCGCCGCUCAGAAAGCGGACCGUCACCCAACGACGCUGCAGGAGACGCCGACUCUGAAAUGCACGUGAGAGGACACACGGUGGACUUUGUGAGUCAUAACGCUCGUGCUGCGAGGAAGACGAGCCUGAGGAGAUCUCAGUCCGAACUGAACCUCCGAGAGAAAGCUCCACCCAGCGCCGUGAAGGGGAAAGUGCCGGAAUAUCUGGAGCAGAGGAAGGUGCAGUGGAAAAAAGAGGAGGAGGAGAAGAGGAGAAACACUCCUGAUCCCUCCAUUCCUGCCGGACACACACAGAUGAGUGAGAGAGAGAGACAGCAGACGCUGCAGUCGCUCAAAGAAACUCACAGGUCUCUGGUCAGCGAGCUGCAGUCUCUCUCGAUGAAAGCCGACACUCUGGGUCUUCGCUCUCGGCGCGCUGGACUCGAUCAGCGACUCUCGGAAGUCGAGGAGGCCAUUAAAAUCUUCUCACGUGACAAAGUCUAUGUGAAAGUCGACUCUUAAACAACACUCGUGUCUGUGUCUUGCUGUUUCUUCUAUAUUUUAUGUAUUUAUUAGUUUGCAGAAGUUCCUCAGUGUCCUGAGUUUGAAUGCAUGAAUAUUACACAUAUUAGUGGCAGAAACCAUUGAUUUUUUUUUCUCCCUUUGCUAUCAUAUUAUUCUGCAUUCAUGUGUUGGUGAAAAAUACUUAUGAGAUUACAAAGUCAAUAAAAGGUUGAAAUGAUGACAUAAAAAGUUUAAAUCGUGAGAAUACAGUAUAAAUUAUGAGAUUCAAAAAAUCUAAAUUAUAAGAUAAAAAAAAAAUCUAAAUUAUGACAUACAAAUUAACUUUUCCAAAUUUUUCCUUUUAUUGCAUUAUUAUAAAUCAGUAUAACAUAAUUUUUACUUUUUACAUCAUAACAAUAAGUUAAUAUAACAAUCUUGACUUUUUAUCU